UAGAGGACAAAAAUGGCGAGAAUGGCACUUGUGCGCCCACCGCUUCCUACUUCUCUGCUCAUUGUCUCGGACUCACGGGCUUGUUUACUCUUUCAAAGUGACGGCAACAGAAAAAGGAACUUCAAACAUCAGGUGGUUCUGCGUACGACAGAAUGAGUGCCUUUCAUCGACCAGCACCUUUGAUAUCAGAGGCUUCUUCGUCCUGCAGACAAACAAAUGUCCAUCCUAAAGUCUGCUUGCCACCUCCUCUUUCUCUGUCUUCUCCUGUGGUAAAAAAGAAAGCUAUCCUAAUCCCAUCAUUUUAUGAGAAAGGGCUCAUCUUUGACAAGGGCAACUCUAAACUCUCAGCAGCCGAUGGAGAAACAACAGGGAGAGAGCUUCGACUCUUCCAAGGACAAAAUCUUCAACACACAGCUCACUGGCCGUCUCCGCCAAGCCCAGCAUUUGCAUUUCCCCUGCUCCACAGCCAAAUUCCUCUCCUACGCUCCCUACUUUCAAACCAAGACCAAGGGAUUCUCCUCUUCUGCCCACCUCAGCCGAUUUUUAUCCAAUAUCACAACAGCCAGACCCAAAGCCAAGAGUAUCCCCAACUCUGACAGUCCCAACACCCAGACUGUGCCCAUCACCUUCAUCAGCUACCACAGGCCAACAAGAGAGACAACCUUCUCCUGUUAUUCAAGAGAGGCAUGCUCGAUCCAUUUCCAUAUCUAACAUGACAGUGGAACCUGUGGAGAAGAUCAAGCAUGAGGUUCUUGACCAAGGAACAUUGCUGGACUUUACUCAUCCUGGGCAAAGAAGAGUCUGCAGAGAGCCCCGAUAUCAGACUGAAUCUUACGGCUCUCCUGCAAUAUGUCACAAUUCCUGCAUACCUCAAGAUAAAGUUAGAUGUAAGCAAACCGAAAUUACAGCCAAAGACAGACCAAAGACUUUAAGCGGGAACCCAAAUAUUGCUACCAUCCCAAAACCAAAGCCAAUCACGAACCAGCAAAAAUGUGGACCAAGAGAAGUGACGAGGCGUGCCGAUGUCGUUACACCAGUGUUCGACGUCCCUUCUAUGAAAUCAAGACUUCCAAGUAGGUUAGCAGACUGCAGCCCCAGGAGCAAUUAUACUAACACUUCUUAUUCUACCUCAUUAGAUCAGUCAUUUGAGCAAACAGAUUCAAGUAAAAGAACAAAGUUGAUCAAACCGUCCCCUUCCUCAGAUUCACAGAUAAGUCUUAAUUCAGACAAAAGCAAAACAAAGAGAAGACAAUUUGACCUAAUCACUGAAACAAGAGUGGAACGAGAAGCUCCAUCUCUAAACAGCAAGUCCCCUCAGAAUCAAAGGUCUGUAACAAACCAGACCUCGAGCCAAUCCACCCAGUCUGAUGUAAACAGAGCAGUAAGCAGGGCUGAGCGUGCAUCAAGGGAUUACAGUUGCCAGUCAAGAGACUUCAGUCAGAUACAACAGACGUUUCAGUGUGCAGAGAGACUAAAUCAAGUUAAGACAUGUGUGGCAGCAUCUCAGAGCCUGCGGAUCUCCCAGCCUGCAUCUGAUGAAUCUCUCUGUUCCCAACAUGGUUCCUGUUCAAACCCUGACCUCCAACCUAAAUGUCUUUUGAACCAGAAGCUGACUAAGCAUUGUGAUAACCACAAAGAGAUGAACUUCAGUCGCACAGUUCUGAAGCAAACAGGGUUUUUUAAAACCCCUGACCACAACGAGGUGCCAGCAAAGCUACCAGAGCCACCCUGGGCCUCAUUCGUGUCAAGAUGUCCGUUUGACACAAACGGACCUGGUGGCAGCUCAAAGAGAGUCUCUGACCGGCCACAGGGGAUGUUUUCCUUGCCUUCAGAAGAAACUACAAUGCGAGGUUGUCACCAGAAACACCAACCACGCUCCCGUGUCCCAGGCAGAGCAAUUAUCACUGAGGAUUCAGAAGACCCAUAUUACGUCACCAUGUAUUACCCAGACUCGGUGUAUGUCGACAGGAGUCCACCAAUGUUGUGUCUGUGGGGGUGGGUGUUCAGGGGAGUGGGGUGGUACAGGGGGAUAGCAGAGGGUUGGAAGACGCUGCUCCUUAUCAGCAGACUAACAGACAGGCUGAAGAUGUGA